AUGCAAUUUUCCAAAAUUUAUCUGCUCGCUUUUAGCAUUGCUGGCGCUACAGCAUUGUUUUCCCAGGAGGACAACUUGCACAAAAUUAAAAAUGGCGAAAUCCCGCCAGACACGGCAGAUUAUCGCGGCAAGCGUCUUCUGGCUUUGCCCAUGAAUGCUCAUUUUGAGACAAAUCAUAUUUGGAAUAUAAUUUAUAUAAGUAAUUAA